AUUGACUAUAAAAAAGUUUUAAAUUUGGCCAAAUUACAUGCAUACUAUAUUACAAAUGCAUGUCAUGAGCUUAACUAUAUUAGACAAAAUCUUUCAGAAAGUGAUUUUUUAAAAAUGAUGAAUGAUUAUAUUUAUUCACUUACCUCAGGCUCUGUUAUAUUUGAUGAAGAUAUUCAGCUAUACGAUUCUGAAAAUGAUCCUGAAGAUAGUUCUAAAAAUAAUAAUAAUUUAUCAGAAAUUAAUUCUAAAAUUUUAGGUAUUGAAGAUAGUAUUAAUUUGGAAUAUAUGUCAAGUAAUACAGAUUAUCUUAUUUUUAAAGAAAUAAUUGAAUAUAGUAAAAAAGAUUUUAAUAUUGAUGCACUUGCUAGCCAAGGAAUACAAAUGCGAAAUACAUCAAUAGAUGUUAACAAAGAAGACUGA